AUGUUCCUGAACGCAGCUUCUCCCCGGAGGUCGUUCAACAUCCCCAUUAACAUCAACCUGCAGGGUGCUCGCAGGCGGCAGACACGGGACAUCCUCCACACCUCCUACUCCUCUGCAGUGCAGGAGCAGGAGUGGAGCCGAGGGGCGGAUGGACGUGGAGGGCAGAGAGUUCGCUCCCAGAUGCAGGUGUCGAGUGUCGGGGAGGACAGAGCCAUUCUGCUGGGCUUCACCAUGAUGGCCUUCUCCGUGCUCAUGUUCUUUGUGGUCGGCAUCAAUAUGGUCAAACCCUUUGUCAAAAGUGACUGGAAGGAGGAGGCCAGCUGUGUGCUGAUGAAGGCCGACAUCCUCUCAGAGUGGGUGGACUGCCGGGGUGUGAGCACCGUGCCGUGCCUCAGGGUGAUGGUUAACCUCACGGGCUUCAAUCAAAGUGCUUUUCUACACUUAGAUGAAGAAUCCGUCCUGCUUGCUCCUGAGUGUUUCUACAUACCCAAAUGUCAGAUGGACAUUACAGACCUUCAGGCUGAAGUCCAGCGAGUGAAACAGAUGCUGGACGCUCAGCAGGGGAACACGUCAUCGUGCUUCACCGACCGCACAAGACACCCCGGGGAUGUGAUCUUGAGCAGGAAGUACACGCUGGCGAAGGCCCUGUUUGCUCUGCUGUGGCCCUGCCUGAUGCUGGGGGGUGGAGCUCUGCUGGUGGGCCUGGUGAAGCUGACACAGUACCUGGCUCAUCUGUCCGCUGAGGUGUGCAGUGCCGCUGCGGAGGACAGCCUAACGUUGAGAUACACCCAGGGCAAACUGUACAGACUCCUACGAAGGUCCAGCCUGCAGUCGCCAUCUUGA